AUGGGUCCGGGUCGCCUUCCGUUCAUGAGGCCGCUCAUGGCCUCGGGCCUUCAACUUCAGGCCCGCGCGGCCAGUCCUGCCGUACCAACAGGAUGGAUACGCCGCCGUUGCAUGUCACAACAACCAACAGACUCAUCAAAACAACAACAACCAGCAGCAGCAGUAGCGGCCAGUCCCGAGUUAUCACAGCCGUCAAUAGGCGAGGAAACCAACAGAGCCCAAGAGCCUCAUCCCUCACCCUCACACCCGCAGCAGUCCCCAGAAUCCCCAGACCUCACCUCCAUAUUCGCCAACCCAACCUGGUCCGUCCGGUCCCUGCUGCCCUCGUCACCUCCCUCGGCGGACGAGGUCACCCCGGCCACCCUGCACCACCUCCUGCGCCUGUCCGCCCUGCCGCCCCCGGGCCAGCGAGGGGAGGAGGACCGCAUGCUCGGGACCCUGCGCGCCCAGCUGCACUUCGUGCGCGACGCCCAGUCCGUCGACACCCGCGGCGUGGAGCCCCUGCGGAGCAUCCGGGACGAGACUGCCACGGGCGUGGCCGAGUCGACCGUCACCCUGGACACGCUGCGGGAGGCGCUGUCCCGGGAGACCGCCGUUGGCUUCAGGCGGAGGCCGCGGCGGGUCAAGGACGCCCAAGAGAGGGUGCAGUCCGAGGAGGAGAGGCUGGUUGAAGCUGCCACGGUGGAGAGGAGAGACAAGAGGUACUUCGUUGUUGCCAGUGGCAAGGGAGCUGAGAAGGGGGAGUGA